ACAUAUAAACAUAAAGUUUAAAUAUGUUUAUUUAUAGAUAACGUGCACAUUUAUCAAGUGAAACCGUAGAAAGUAUUAAACUGAAUUCGUCGUGUUAAACGUGCAGAUACGAUGUCGGACUUUAAGCAAUUCAACAGCGUCGAGGAAAUUUUGAAAAAACUCUCUGGUGGCGAUUACGAGAAGGUCCGACAAGUUAUUUACGGAAACGCAGUGGGGAAGAUCGAUGUACCCAACUCGGUAACGACCCGGGCAGAGUUGUCCAACAUCGAACUACAAACGUGGAGCGUUCCUUGCCCGGAGGAACAACUUAGGCCGCCUCGUAAAAUCCGAUUAGGGCUGUUCCAGCACAAGAUCCCUGUGCCGACAACGUCCAGAAUAGACGACAUGCGCAACGCGAUGUACGCGCUGGCCCGCGACGCCGUCGAACUUGCCGCGGGGGGCGGGGUCAACGUUUUUUGUUUCCAGGAAGCGUGGAACAUGCCGUUCGCUUUCUGUACCCGCGAAAAGUCUCCCUGGUGUGAGUAUGCGGAGUCCGCCGAACACGGACCGACCACCAAAUUUUUGCAAGAGCUUUCGAAGCAACACAAUAUGGUAAUAAUUUCACCGAUACUGGAGCGGGACGAAACCCACGGCGACACGAUAUGGAACGCGGCGGUGGUCAUAGACAAUCACGGUCGCUAUUUGGGCAAACACCGUAAAAAUCACAUCCCCCGGGUGGGCGACUUUAACGAAUCAACGUACUAUUUCGAGGGAAACACGGGCCACCCCGUCUUCCAAACAGAGUUCGGCAGGUUGGCGAUAAACAUAUGUUAUGGCCGACAUCAUCCCUUAAACUGGCUAGCAUUUGGGCUUAACGGGGCGGAAGUCGUGUUUAAUCCGUCGGCAACCGUCGGGCAGUUAAGCGAGCCGCUGUGGGGCGUGGAGGCCAGGAACGCCGCCAUCGCCAACGGAUACUUUACCUGCGCAAUUAACAGGGUUGGCACCGAAACGUUCGAGCACGAGUUUACUUCCGGAAACGGAGAACCGGCCCAUCACGAUUUCGGCCAUUUCUAUGGCUCGAGUUAUGUGGCGGCGCCCAACGGCAGUAGAACUCCCGGACUUUCGAGGACGAAUAAUGGGCUGCUAAUUACCGAAGUGGAUUUAAAUAUGUGCCGGCAAGUUAGAGACCAUUGGGGUUUUCAGAUGACUCAGAGGCUGGACUUGUAUGCUGAACUACUAACGAACGCUACGAAAUCAGAUUUUAAGCAGCAAAUCAUUGGAAAUUAUUAAUGUGUCAGGUAGGGGAUGAGAUUAUUGAACAAAUAAAUUUGGCUCACUCAUU